AUGCUAUGUGGUGAGGAGAAAAUCUUGUUGGUUCUGGUAGCUGGAGAGUUCCUACUAGGGAUUCUGGGGAAUGGAUUCAUGGUACUAGUGAAUGGCAUUGUUUGGAUCAAGAACAAGAAACUGGCAACUGGGGAACUCAUCCUGCUAUUCUUGGCCAUUUGUAGACUUGGUCUGUUAUGCACAUUAAUAUGGAGUUCUUUUCUACUUGUUUUCAAUCCAGAUGAAUUACUGAGGAGUGCAGUUAAGGUUGUUGAUAUUUUCUGGUUACUGACCCACAUUUCAAGUACUUGGUUUGCCACAUGCCUCAGUGUCUUCUACUUCCUGAAGAUUGCCCACUUUUCCCAUCCCCUCUUCCUCUGGCUGAAGUGGAGAAUAAACCAAGUGGUCUGCAUGCUUCAGGUGGGACCUCUGCUCUUUUCUUUGUCCAUUGACUUAUCAUUGUUGGAGAGAGCUUAUUACUAUCUAAUCAGUAGAGGAAACAACACAAAAACAUCCCAAGAGUUCCAGGUGAGUGGAAAUCAAUAUAUCACCAUCCAGGCGAUCAUGAACUUCCUGAGCUUAUUCCCCUUUUGUCUGUCUCUGGUCUCAUUCUCCUUCCUCAUGCUCUCCCUCUGGAGACACACCUGUCAGAUGAAGCUCCAUGCUACGGGAUCCAGGGACCCCAGCACAGAAGCCCAUGUUCGAGCUGUGAAAGCUACGCUCUCUUUCCUCAUCCUCCUGGUCCUGUUCAUUUUGGGUUCGCUCAUCUCCCAAUGGAGCUACUCCUUCCCAAAUAGAAAGCUGGCUGUGGCAGUUUCAAUCCCAUUGAUGUCCCUCUACCCCUCAGGCCACUCUUUAAUCCUGAUUCUGUACAACAACAAGCUGAGACAGACAGCCCUGAAGAUGUGGUGGCCAGGGAAAUGCUGUCUGAAAAGGAGUCAAGGAGAUCAAUCUUUGGCCUUACAGGUGUGUUAG